GAGAAUAGGCUAUCUAUAGACGUUAUCUAUGAAAGGAGGCGUACAUCCGAAGGUCACUUUGUUUCGUUACAUUUAAGAAAAGGAUAUAUAUCUUAUUAUUGAUAAACCUUAUUUAAAAUCUCGGAAGUUUUUCUGAAAAUAGUGAUACCUCACAAUAAAAAGAAAUGGCCGUAUCAGGACGUAAACAAGUAGACUUGCUAGGAUCAGAAGCAGCAGGAUCAGCAGAAGACUUUGAUCACUGUUGUGAGCCGUGUCUUACCACAGAUCAACGUAUAGAAGCCCACGGAUUUUGCGGCACAUGUCAGGAAUACCUUUGUGGUACCUGUCUUGAUUGUCACAAAAAGGCAAAACUUUCCCGAAAUCACAAUAUUCUUUAUAAAGAUGAAUUAGAUAAGUUGCAUUCAAAGCAGCAAUCAUACAACGAAUGUACAGAAUUAUGUUCAGCUCAUAAAAAAGAAAUAAUUAAAUUUUAUUGCCCAUCCCACAAAGAGCUCGGGUGCAAUGAUUGCAUGACUUUAGGCCACAGAACGUGCAAAAUUGAGUACAUUCCUGAUAAAUGCAGAGGCAUUGCAGAUGGGAAGGAAUUCGAUAACGUCAUGCAAAAACUCAGCGGAAAACUUAAAGAAGCAGAAAAAAUCUCUCAAAUGGCUAAAGAAAGAAGUAAUGAUAUAAAUGAAUGCAAUAAAGAAAUAAUCAAAGCAAUAACAGAAUUCCGAAAAGAAAUAAAUGACCGCCUUGAUCAGAUGCAACAAGAUGUUUCAAGAACUGCUGGAGCCAUUAAGACGAAGAAUAAUAGAACCGUUCAGAAGGUCCUUGAUGAAUGUGCAAGUAUGAUUUCUGAUAUAAAACGUAUGCAAUCAAAGCUAGAUAUAAGCAAAUCAAAUAAUCAGAAUAGUCAACUCUACAUUGACAUGAAGCGGGCUGAGUCUACACUGAAAUCAGAUGAAUUAAAUGAUGCAGAAUAUCCUUUGAUAAAUACCAAUAUGCACUACUCAUUUGAGCAAAAUUCUGACCUUGAAUCAUUGUUGUCUAAAACAAUGGUCUUUGGUGAGAUUGUCAGUCAUUCUUGUUAUGAAUCAACACAAAAGAUGAAAUCUGUUGAUUGUCUGAUUGUGAAAGGGGUUAUCAAUGAUAAAACUUCGUCAGAUACAAAGGAAUGUAAUAUUACAGGAUGUGCUGUUCUCAACACAAAUAAACUAGUUCUAGCUGAUCGUAACAACAAGAAGGUAAAAUUGAUAGAGAACAGACUUGUACAAGAAGAGAAAGCUCUAGCCUCGCGGCCAAUUGAUAUUGCUGUACUGUCUCAGGAUCUGUUCGCUGUAACAAUGCCGCAAAUCAAAGAAAUAGUUGUCAUGACAACAGAUGACAAGCUAUCAUGUGACCGCAGCAUUAAAGUGAAUAGGAAAUGUUAUGGUAUAGACUUUAAUCAGGAUUGUCUUUAUGUUACUUGUUUGCAUCCUCCUAGUGUGAUUGUACUGAAUACACAAGGUGAUAUUCUGAAUAACAUUCCUCUGACCUUUCUUACAUCUUACUAUAUCCCAUAUAUUGCUGUGAGUAAGGAUUCCAAACUUCUGUAUAUCAGUGAUCAUAAUAACAACAGUGUAGUGAGCGUAUCAUUACAAGGGGAAGUUAUAGCUACAUAUAAGCAUACAAAUCUUAGUGGACCAUGGGGAAUGUUGGUGUUAGACGACGGGUCAUUACUUGUCUGCUGUUCUGAUAACGGAACAAUUCAUAAAGUCAACGGAGACUUGAAACAAGGAAGUAUAAUGUGUGAAGGUUUAACCUGUGCCAGUUCAAUAUGCUACAGUGUCCAUCAUGAUGAAGUCUAUGUUGGUUGUUUGGGUAUCAAUCUGAAAGUUUUUAGCACAAAAUAACGAAUAAAGAUACCGUUUACUAAGCUCACUUUAGUACCAAAUGGUGUUAAUAUUCAUCCUCCAAAUAUAUGUAAAUUGAAAAUUUGUGCUACAAUUUUUGUUCAUGUACCAUGUAGUAUCUAUCUAUCUUUAAAAAUCAAUGAUAACUGAUUGCAAUUCAUGGGUAAAUGUCGUUUAAAAUUAAUCAUAUUUUAACCUUUUCAGUAAAACACAUAUUGAAUAUUUUAAUUGGUUAACAUCAAUAUUUGUCCAUAGACUGCAUGUUAGAAACAACACUGAAAUGAAUAUUCAUUCUUUUGUCAUUCAUAUAAAUAUCAAGUAAGAUUAUCAUUCAAGCAAAGAAAAUACUACAAAUAAGUGCAACCUCAAUUUAAAGACACUGAAUAAUAAAAUGGUUGAAAAUGUAUGUAUGUACGUUUGUAUGAAUGUAUGUAUGUAUGUAUGUAUGUAUAUAUAUAUAUGUAUGUAGUUUGUAUGAAUGUAUGUAUGUAUGUAUGUAUGUAUGUAUGGAUGUAUGUAUAUAUAUAUGUAUGUACAUAUGUAUGUCUUUACAUACUUAUUUACUUACUUACAUAUUUAUAUAUAUAAGGUAAGAUUUGUUCAAAAAUUUCUUUGUUUUGCUUUAAAAAAAAGUAAAAAGUCGAGCGUUGCCCCCGCCCGGUUGUGGCUCUUGUUUAAAUUGAAUUAACAAAAAUAUAAUAAAUUUAAUUACACGUAUGAUGGUAUGUCUUGGAAGUGUCACAAGCACCCUAUUUCACUGUAUUUUAUUCAGUUUUUGUUCGACUUUCCGACUUUAUCUCAAUUUACUGUAUCCUAAAGAAACACUGAUGUAUGUACAUGUACAUAUUUGAAAUUACAUCUAUUUCUAUCUGUUGUACGCUUUUGUAGUUAUUUA